AUGGGAGCAAGCAGUUGGUUGGAUAUCCCCAAAGGGACACAUUUCUCGCUGGCCAACAUACCAUUUGGUAUUGUUACGACUCCACGAUCUGGUGAUGAAAGGCAUGCAGCAGUUGCAAUUGGGAGCCUCGUCCUGGAUCUACAUGAGUUUGCGAAUCAUCAGGGCUUCGUUGGACUUGAAGACUUCACUCCCAGCCAAAUUGCAACCUUUUCAAGUCCUGCACUCAAUGACUUCGCUGCACUGGGCCAGGAAGUUCACAGGAGAGUCCGCCGAUAUUUGCAGGAUAUUUUCGCAGAGAAAACUUCGUUUCCUGCCCUGCUGAAAGACAAUGUCGAGGCUCAAAAUGCAUGUCUUUUCCAGCAAGACCAGGUCGAGAUGCAUCUCCCCAUGAAGAUUGGAGGCUACACCGACUUCUUUGUCGGAAAAAAUCAUGCAUACAACUGUGGCUGUAUAUUCCGAGAUCCUGCUAAAGCCUUACAACCGAACUAUCUUCACCUUCCGGUGGCUUACAACUCACGAGCGUCGUCAGUGGUCGUUUCAGGCACUGAUGUACACCGACCGCUGGGUCAAUUCUUGCAACCGCCGGACACGCUGCCCAGCUUUGGCCCAUGCCGAAAAUUGGACAUUGAGCUCGAGCUGGGGGCGUUACUAUGUAAAGGAAAUGACCUAGGCGAACCAAUCGAUGUCAAUGAGGCAGAGAAACACAUCUUUGGCUUUGUUAUCUUGAACGAUUGGUCAGCCCGAGAUAUACAGCAAUGGGAAGCGGUGCCUCUGGGACCUUUUAAUGCCAAAACAUUUGCGUCGACUAUCAGUCCCUGGGUCAUAUUGAAAGAUGCUCUUGAGCCAUUUCACGUUGAGGGGAUACCAAACGAAACAAAGUUACAUCCAUAUUUGCAGGAGACCCGCGAACAGAAUGUUUAUGAUGUUAAUCUGGAGGUCGAGCUGAGAGCCCCCAACGGCGAGUCUGCAAUUUUGUCACGCACGAAUGGUCGGAAUCUCGUGUUUUCCUUCGCACAAAUGCUCGCUCAUCAUACAGUGGGCGGCUGUCCUUUGGAGGUUGGUGACCUGGUAGGUUCAGGGACCAUCAGUGGUCCAGAACCGGGGACUUUGGGCUCUUUACUCGAAGCCUCCAACGGAGGCAAGAAUAGCUACGAUCUAUCUGCGACGAUCCGCCGAACUUUCUUGGAGGAUGGAGACAGUGUGGUCAUUCGAGGAUGGUGCGGUGACGACGAUUCGAACAUAGUAGGUUUUGGCGAAUGCUCAGGAACGAUCUUGCCAUCAAUUAAAAGGUCAUGGAUGUAG